AUGGAGGGAGUUGUUGCCAUGGUGAUUAGAGAUGGCAGUGGAAAUGAGGGUGUUGGUGCUAGAAUAGGUGGUGGAGGUGACAAUGGAGAUGAGGAUGAGAAAAGCUGCUGCACCAAGGGCACCGCAUGUUAUAAAAGGUUGACGGAGCCUGAGGACCGACCUUUGGCCAAGAGACGCAGAUGCUGGCUCCCAGGAGAGCAACAACGGUUGUUGGCACAGAUGGAAACCGAGUGGCAAGCCCGGGGUGUGCACGGAACUCUCCAGCGUCUGCUCUCGUCUGGGCCCAGGUUUAAGCCAACAAGAGGGUUCCUUGUCACCCUGGGCAGAAGCACAGGGAACUUUGUGAAGCCACUCUUGGAGAGUGAAAUAGAAAGAAGCCAUAGAGUACUUUCAGAAUGUCUGACCUGGUUUUACCCUGGAAUUGCCAAGCAAUGCAGGAGCAAAUGCUGUCCUGCAAAGGAGACGGACUUACCUUGUCAUGGGCAGCGACAGCUCUCGGUGGUGAAUGUAAUAGGGCAAGGAAAUGUGGACAAAUCCAGAGCAGUAACUGGAGAACUAGCAAAAAGAGUGGGCUGGCUGAAGGCCAAAUGCAACUUUGUUAAAAGAAAAUAUCUGCAGGAUGAUUUUUUUCAAAAUGGAAAUGUUGGGUUUGAAGAGGAACUAAAACAAAUUAUUAAACUUCUGCCAACAUGCAGGCAAACCAUGCUCUUUUCUGCCACACAAACUAGAAAAGUUGAGGACUUGGCAAGGAUUUCUUUGAAAAAGGAGCCAUUGUAUGUUGGUGUUGAUGACAAUAAAGCUAAUGCAGCAGUGGAUGGUCUUGAGCAGGGCUAUGUUUUUUGUCCCUCGGAAAAGAGAUUCCUCCUACUCUUUACAUUCCUUAAGAAGAACGAGAAGAAGAAACUGAUGGUCUUCUUUUCAUCCUGUAAGUCUGUGAAAUACCACUAUGAGUUGCUGAACUACAUCGAUUUGCCUGUCUUGGCCAUUCAUGGAAGGCAGAAGCAAAAUAAGCGUACAACCACAUUCUUCCAGUUCUGCAACACAGAUUCAGGGAUAUUAUUAUGUACUGAUGUGGCAGUGAGAGGGCUGGAUAUUCCUGAAGUUGACAGAAUUGUUCAGUAUGACCCUCCAGGUGACUCCAAGGAAUAUAUUCAUCGUGUGGGAAGAAUAGCCAGAGGCCUAAACGGGAGAGGGCAUGCCUUGCUCAUUUUAUGCCCUGAGGAAUUGGGUUUCCUUCAUUACCUGAAGCAAUCCAAGGUUCCAUUAAGUGAAUUUCAGUUUUCCUGGCCCAAAAUUUCUGACAUUCAGUCUCAGCUUGAAAAAUUGGUUGAAAAGAACUAUUUCCUUCAUAAGUCAGCCCAGGAAGCAUAUAAGUCCUACAUUCGAGCGUAUGAUUCCCACUCUCUGAAACAGAUCUUCAAUGUUAAUAACUUAAAUUUGCCUCAGGUUGCUCUUUCGUUUGGUUUCAAAGUGCCUCCUUUUGUUGAUCUGAGCGUGAACAGCAAUGACGGCAAGCUUAAAAAGAGAGAAGGCGGCGGUGGCUUCGGCUCCCAGAAAGCCAAAAAAGUCAAGAAGUCCAAAAUCUUCAAACACAUUAGCAAGAAGUCCUCGGACAGCCGGCACUUCUCCCACCAAAGACACAUCUUCCUUUUGUCUCGAAUAGCUUUGUCCUGA